AUGAAUUGUUCACUUCGCGAAGAAAUCGCCCGUCAUAUCGAAUUAUACACUUAUCCAUUUUUACUCGGAAUUGGCACCAUUGGCAAUCUUCUCUCAAUUAUGGUUUUAAUUCAAAUGCGACAGCACAGUGUUUAUCGUUAUUUAACAUUUAUGGCUAUCGCUGAUACAGUUCUUUUAUAUAUUGGCUUGUUACGUGAUCUACUUUUAUCGUCAAAUUUUCAUAUUCAUAUCCAAGGAACGUUACUAUGUAAAUUACACGUGUUCUUCUUUUAUAAUACUUUACAUCUUUCAUCGUGGUUUCGAUGUUGUUUAAAUUUGGAUCGUUACGUGGCAGUGAAGUUUCCGAUUUACACAUCGAAAUGGUGUCGGACACGACAAGCGUCGAUCAAUUCAACGAUCCUGUUCUUUGUUCUUUCGUUAUCGAAUGCUCAUCUGUUAAUCUUUGUUCAAGGUGAUGAUAAUUAUCCGCAGAAUAUUUUCAAUUCGACAGGUUCUACUGUUAAUCCAUUCCAAUAUCAACAAUGUUACCUACAUCCAGAUUAUGUACAUUUUUUCGAACAUAUCUACACAUGGAUCGAUAUGUUUCUUGUCACAAUAAUCCCAUUUAUAUUUAUAAUUCUUUGUAAUUUAACUGUUAUCAAUCGUGUAUUUCUCGUUUCGGGUCCGAGCAAAAAAAGUGAAAUUGUCAGUCGUUCCAAAGCAACUAAUCGCCUGCGGUCAUUAUGUUUGAUGAUGAUCUGUUCAUCGUUUGUUUUCGUCGCAACUACAUUACCAGUUACGGCCUUUAUUAUCGAUCUCUUAUCACAUAAAGCUUCGAUUGAUGAUAUGCGUUGUCGGCGAAUUCAGUGGACAGUUUAUAAUAUAUUAAUGUAUUUCAAUUAUGCAAGUAUAUUAAGUUAUUGCCUAUCGGGAACAGAAUUUCGUCAUGUGUUGAUGAAAACCGUGCAUUUCCGAACGAAAUCCAGUUUUACGACGAUGUUGCAAACAGAUAUGAUGAAUGCUGUUAAUCAACGACGUAUAUCGACACCUCAACAAUUUCAUCGUGUACUCGUUGAGUAUCAUGACCAAAAACGUUUUCGUUCCUCCUCUAUUUGUUUACUACCAGUCGCGAAAGAUAUCAAAGAUCAACAUAUGUUGAAAGUUCCUUCAGUCAAUCCGAAAUAUCUACAAACUCAUCAAGCAAACUACAUCCCUCACGAUCGACAUUCUUGUACAAGUCAAACUAAUUGCGGCGGCAUCACCAUCUCAUCGUCAAUGCAAAGUCCACACUAUCCCAGACGAGAAUCAUGUUAUCCUGUCAACAACCAACAUGACACAUUUGAUUUAUCCAAUAACGAACACUUGUCGAAACAUGACACUCUACUUGAUUUCAAUAUCUAA